AUGAACUUCAAAACUUUGUUGCUAUCUUCGCUUCCUUUGACCUCCUCGGUCCUGGCGGCCAAACACGGAUAUGUUGAUGUCGCUGUCGUCGGUGGAGGGCUCUCUGGUUUAGCGGCGGCCAAAGACCUCGCGGCAGCUGGCAAGUCUUUUGUUGUAAUUGAAGCCAGAGACCGCGUUGGCGGACGCGUACUGAAUGCGCAUCUGCCUAACGGAGGAGUGGAGGAGCUGGGUGCCGAAUUUAUUGGCCCGACUCAAGACCGUGUCAUCGAUUUAGCCAGCAGCCUCGGUCUGGAGAUGUACUCCACGUACGCAACUGGAAACAGUACACUCUUCUACCAGAAAACCAAGCAAACCUACUCCGCUGAUACAGGAGGCCUGCCGCCUGCUGACCUAGAAUCUCUUUCCGAGCUUCAAAGCUUCAUCCGCGAAGUGGAUAAGAUGGCUGGGCAGCUCGACGUCGAUUCCCCAUGGAGUCAUCCAGAAGCCAAGACUUGGGACGGUUUAACACUGGAAUCCUUUGUCAAACAAAAAGUCACACGACCGGAAAGCCGAUUUCUUGUCGAGAACGCCGUCGCGAGCAUCUUGUCGACCGAGUUGAAGGAGCCAUCGCUUCUCUACUUUCUCGCUUAUGUUGCCGCUGCAGGAAACGAAACAACCCCAGGGGCCCUGGGUCGGCUUGUUGGUGUUCACGGUGGUGCCCAGGACAGCCGGGUCAACGGAGGAACUCAGCUUCUCGCCACCAAGCUCGCCGAUGGGUUAGGUUGGGAUCACGUCAAGCUUCGAUCCCCCGUUAGGAAGAUCAUUCGCCAAGGCAAUCGCUAUCUUGUCGUCUCGGAUCGAUGGAGUGUUGUCUGCAACCAUGUCGUUGUCGCCAUGUCCCCGCCGAUGGCCAAGGCCAUUGCGUUUGAGCCAGCGUUGCCGGCCGGUCGGGUCAAGUUGAACGACCGAAUGACCAUGGGUGCCAUCGGGAAAGCCAUUGCGAUUUAUCCUAAGCCCUGGUGGCGCGGGCUUGGUCUUAAUGGGCAAGUAUUGAGCGAUAGUGGUGUCAUCCGGACCACAUUCGAUAAUUCACCCGCAGAUGCGAGUUAUGGUGCCAUUAUGGGCUUUAUCGAAGCCGACGAGAUGCGAAAGCUGGACACGCUGAGUGAAAAGGAGGUUCAGGAUUUGGUGGUCAAUGAUCUUGUCAAAUACUUUGGGUCGCAAGCAGGUCAGCCAUCCGGCUUCCUUCUUCAGCGCUGGGAUCUUGAAGAGUACUCCAAGGGUGGCCCUGUGGCAUACGCACCGCCGGGCAUCCUCAGCUCCGCUGGCCGCUAUCUCAGAGCUCGAAGCGGCAACAUCCAUUUUGCCGGAACAGAGACGGCGAACUACUGGACAGGUUACAUGGAUGGGGCUAUUAGAUCAGGCGAGAGGGUGGCGAAGGAAAUUCUGGCCUAG